GCGGUACCACUUCACACGUCAAACGACGAAAAAACGUUUGUCUGCACCAAUUUGAGUCUCCGAGGACGCUUGUCGCUCCCUGGAGACCGUUUAAGUGCAUUUGAUUGGUGCCGGGACCGCGGCAUGGAGAGGCACAGACCGGGAGAAUUCCGUCUAUAAAUCAGCUCUGGAUCAAACAGUGGUCCAUUCUGGCCUUCCUGUCAGAACGGAGCCGACAGAGAUGCAAAGAGACAGGCGCCAACAGGGGAGGAGAACUGCGGGAAACGCAAAGGACACGCUGGUGCCAAGGAGCAGCAGCCCGGUCAGUGUGUACGUUGACCUCCCGUGCGUCAUUGAGCAAGCUUUUUCCACAAUCGCGUGGGAUGAUUUGGAGGACUGCGCGUCUUUGGUAAGACGGGAGAGCGACUCACUUAACUCUCAGGUGAACGAUUCUGAUGGAGAUGACCAAGAUUUUGGAGAUUAUGCGCUGGAUUUCAUGGCAGAUUCUCCUGCCACGCUGGAGAGCAAUCUGUCUCCAGCUGAGCUUGUACCUUUCCAGGGAGGCGUCCUUCCCCUCAUCACCACUGAGCGAUGCUUCUCUUCAGGGCCCGGUCUGUCUCACUUUUCCACAGGAGCAGGCCUUCCAUUUGCCCAAGACGGAGCUCCAUGGCAGGGCAUCGCUCAGUACCAGGGCAGCAUGCUGGGAAAUGACAAAGUAAACAAUCGGCUCCAUGGGACUCCGUGUCGCCGACAGGAAGAGGUCCACUCCCUCCAGGAGAGAAGCCUUCCCCUCAGGCAGCUGGCCAGCCGCGCGAAGCAUCUGGCCUCUGUGCUCGACAAACUGCUGACAGUCGGAGACCCACGUGUGAGCGAGCCAGCGAUGCCGUGCAGCGACAGAACUUCCCUCAGUCCCUGUAAGCGGCAGCGACUGGAUGAAGGAUACGAAACGGAGCCCUCCGACUCAGUGGAGGACAUGCUGAGGGACAUCAGCACGCGCUGCAACGCCGUCCUGCACGGCGCUGAUGCUGGGACGAGACCCUCGCAGGAAGCAGAGACCAUACGCAUGCACGGCGCAUUCUCAGGCCUGCAGACCUCCUUCUCCGGAGCAGAGCCCAAUCAGAGCGUAUCGUCCUUCAGGACUUCGGUCCGAGAGCACUGCACCAUGAGGACUCGAGUGUUCCCUCACGGGCGGGCCUUCACGUCCGCGACUCACCAAGGAGGGUACCGCUUCCGCUGGGUUCCUGACCACAGCUGA